CAUCACUGUUUGGUUUCUAAUAGCUUCUGAAGAUGAUUUUAACCUUUUGGGGUAAAUUGUUCCUCCCUGCAGCUACAGGAAAAGUUUUGGCUUCAGAGCUUCCAAAGAAUGGGAAUGAAAGAUGCACUGUCUUGUAUCCUGCUUCUGAAAAAGCUAGCAAUGAGAUUGAAGAAGGCUUAUCCAAUCGUGGAUUUGAGGUUGUGAGGCUGAAUACAUACACAACGGUUAGUACUUCAAUGCUGGAACCUGUUCAUAAUGUUGACCAGACUGUUCUGAAGCAGGCACUUUCUACCCCAGUUGUUGCAGUUGCUUCACCUUCUGCAGUUCGUUCCUGGGUCAAAAUUAUUUCAGAAUCUGAGCAGUGGAGCAAUUCAGUUGCAUGUAUUGGUGAGACUACUGCUUCAGCUGCAAAAAGAUUAGGCCUGAGAAACGUUUACUACCCAACACAUCCUGGACUUGAAGGUUGGGUAGAUAGCAUCCUUGAAGCCUUGGGAGCACAUGAACGUAUCUAGACGUUUAAGUUAUUCAGUUUCCUUCCAGCUUACUGACGUGGAAAAAUCAGGCAAGAUUGGGGUAGCACAUCUACAAAUGAGGUUUGCGUGACUUGCAUAAUUAUGACAGGAAAACUUGCGAGCGGCAGAACAGAAAGGUUCUGAGAUGUUUGACAUUGUGGAGACAUUAUAUCUCGUUGGCAUAGCUUUCUUUUGAGGUCACUAAAGAG